ACCGCCUUCAACUGGAACUACAAGCCCCAGAAGGCUUUGCGCCGGGGUGACUGACCCCUGACCUAAGGGGACGGAAACCACUGUUGCCUGGCAACAGCAACUCUAGUAGGGCCGCGGCAGCAGCGGGCUGCAGAACUUCUCUGCGCGGCGGCGGCAUGUGCGAGGGCCUAUCCCGCAUCUCGGGCCCCAUCCCCCCGGAUCCUCCGCUCUGCCCUGACUACUACCGGCGGCCCGCCUCUGCCCAAGGGCGCCUGGAGGGAAACACGCUGAAGCUGGACCUGCUGACCUCGGACCCCGACUUUAAUGCUGCCCUUUCCCGCGGCCCCCGCAUCGGUCCCGGAGCUCGAGAGAUCCUGGAGCGUGACCGGCGUGGCACAGGGGGCGUGCUGCUGCAACUCGGGGGCAUCUCCCUGGGCCCAGGGACGUCUCCUAAGAGGAAAGACCCUAAAGACCAUGAGAAGGAGAACCUGAGGCGGAUCAGGGAGAUCCAGAGGCGCUUCAGUGAGCAGGAGCACAGCCGGGAGCAGGGCCAGCCCAGGCCCCUGAAGGCUCUGUGGCGCUCACCCAAGUACGACAAGGUGGAGUCCCGGAUCAAGGCCCAGCUGCAGGAGCCUGGCCCGGCCUCUGGGACAGACUCAGCCCACUUCCUGCGGGCACACUCGCGCUGUGGCCCUGGCCUUGCACCGCCCCGUGUCCCCAAUCUUUCCCUAACCCCAUCGGGUCCCAAUGCCAAGGGGUCGGGCUCGGGUGUGGACUUCAUUAGCUACAAUGCCCGCACUGCCAAGAGGGCCCCCCGGCGGCAUUCCCGCUCGCUCCAAGUCCUGGCGCAGGUGCUGGAGCAGCAAAGGCAAGCCCAGGAGCACUACAACACCACGCAGAAGGGCCACGUGCCCCAUUACUUGUUGGAGCGCAGGGAUCUGUGGCGGCGGGAGGCUGAGGCCCACCAGCAUAACCAACCAGACCCUGCCAUGCCCCCUGGUCACACACGGAUGCCUGAGAACCAGCGGCUGGAGACAUUGAGCUCUCUGUUCCAGAGCCAGAGCCAGCUGUUGCGUGAGCUUGUGCUGCUGCCUGCUGGGGCAGACUCGCUGAGGGCCCAGGGCCACCGUGCUGAGCUGGACCGGAAGCUGGCACAGGUAGAGGAAGCCAUCAAGAUCUUUUCCCGCCCAAAGGUCUUUGUGAAGAUGGAUGCCUGAGCCCCUGUGAGGGGGGUAAAGGGAGGGGAUCCAUGCUAAGGAUUGCUGCAUGGCCACAAAAAGGGCAGGGCUGAGUCCCACUGUAGAGCAGAGGUCCAAAUUCAGGGGGGUGGGCAGGCAGUACUCCCAGAGCACCCUUUCCAGCCAGUGAGGGCUGCAGAAGGGCCAGCCUGAGCUCUUCCCUCCUUUGUCAAAAUUAAACUUUUUGUACAUA